CUUCGGCUGUACAUCUAUCUCUAUCCUGACUUCGGAAGGGAAGAGUCAGACUGUACUUAAGACCAGCGAGCCCUCUUUCUCUUCUUUACCGGAACAAUUCUCGGCAGGUCGCGCAAAAUCCGUGGCUCCUCCGCACAACAUCAUCCACAUCAACAACCACAACCUCCCGAGUCCAUCGCACCAGGGUCUCCACCCUCCGUCGCAGGAGAUGAGCAAUGCGUUCGGCGUAGCCUGGCGCAUUCCAUGCCCGGGGCUUCGAGCCUCGAGCCUGCUCCCCUCCGUCCUCCCUCCAUCGCGUCCCCAUAGCAUCCUCGUCUCCCGGCGACUUCUGGGCUCCCUGUCAACCCCCGUGCUUCCUGCCUCUCGCCUCCCCCGACCCCAAUUCCUCUUCCCUUUCUCGACAGCUUGCGUUCGCUUCUUCAACAGCUCCGCCCCCCUCCGCUCCCACCCUUCGCAGCCCGAUCCCCAUCCCCCUGAGGACCAGGAACAGGAACAUGGCACCCACCCCCGUUCGCGGCCCUUCUCCGCCACAGAGCUCAAGGCCAUCUUCGGACCCCGCACACCUAUCUCCAAGCUCAUGGGAAACCGGAUCCUUGCCGUCAUGCAAGGUCGUCGGCUCCAGGGCACGCUCGAUCUAGAUCUCCCCGCCGACAUCACCAGCUCCGUGCAGCAACACAGUCUCGACGCCGCCCUGCAAUACCUCCGCAAGCAGUACCCCAUGGACGAGGAUGCGGCGAUCAUGACUCGGAUCGAGCGCGAGGAGGUAGACCCGGACCGGUACAAGCCCCAGAGCGGUUCCUAUGGGGCUGAACUGGGCGAAUCGAAUGACCCCUCCGGCAAGAGUGUCCUGCAACAGAUCCGGAAAAGGAAUGAGACCCGGCUCUUGGCCGAGCAGGAAAAGAGGAACAAGGAAUGGAUGGAGGGUGCCCAGCGGGACCAUGACAAGAUGAAGCGCUUGGUAGCGACCAACACGGCCCUUCAGACAUACGAAGGGACCUCGGCCGUGCAACUACGGCCGCGUGCAGACCUCCGUGAACGCCCGGCUCUUGCCUGGGUCCAGAAACACUACCUCCGCGCCGAGGAGGACUUCGAUGUGUCGAAGAUAGCAUCUAAGAGUCGCCGGAUCCUCCCCUCGCUCGCGUUCACGCUUCUGACCCUGAGUCUUUGCUGCGCCUUCGCCGUCUACUAUGAGCCCUGCGUCCCCGCCGACCGCAUGUGGCCCGAGAUGCCUCGGGCUGCUGCCGCGGUCCUGGGUCUCAUCGGCAUCAAUGUCGGGGUCUGGAUCCUAUGGAAGUGGCCUCCGUUCUGGAGGUUCUUCAACCGCUACUUCAUGCUGGUCGCCUCCAACCCCCGGGUCUUCAGCUUGGUCGGAAAUACCUUCAGUCACCAACAACACAGGCAUCUGGCUUGGAAUGCGCUUUUCCUGUGGAUUUUCGGCACCCGAAUUCAUGAUGACAUUGGCCGAGGAGAGUUUCUCGGCCUCUACGUGGCAUCCGGCACCGUGGGCUCAUUCCUCUCUCUCACGUCCAGUGUCCUGACCGGGAACUGGACUACAACCACUCUGGGCGCCAGUGGAGCUGUUUACGGCUUGCUGGCGUGCUGGCUUACGCUUCACGCCAACGAGAAAUUCACCAUCAACCUCAACCCAAAAGACUGGGGCAUUUUCCCCAAUGACUGGGACUUUGUCCCCAAAGACUGGAAUCUUCUCCCGAAAGACUGGGCGUUUAUCCCUGAUCCCUGGAAGGAUGUCUUCGUCGCUCGUGGGUGGAUCAUUCUCGCCUGUCUUUUCACCGUCGAAGCAGCCAAUAUGGCCCUGAGGCGCAGCACAACGAUCAACCACUGGGCUCAUAUGGGCGGAUACCUCACCGGAACUGUCUGGGCCCUGGCCCGGAAGGACGAGAAGAGCCAAGACGGUGGCGGGAAAGGGAAAGGGAAAUAGUGGAACUAGUCACCCAGGAUCUAUAUCCUUUCCGAUGAGAUGAUAGAUGAAUAGGGUGGAUAGGGUUAGCUUUCACCUUUUGGUAUAGCUGCCCUCCCUCCUCCGUGUACUUUUACUUUUUGCAGUAACAUGCCUUUCCAUGACAUGGAUAAAUAGAU